UCAUUUGGCAGCGCUGCUCGUGCAGGCUCUCCUUUAAGCGAUGGGGGUAGCGGAACUUUUCGGAAGAUGAUCACAACUUUGUACGUCGCAGCGACUGCCACAUCAUUCAGUUCAGGGACAGCAAAAUGCACACGGUUCUAAUACUUUUAAGCUCACUGGCGACAUGCUGGAGCGUCCCAAGAUGUUCUCCGGAAGAAGCAGCUAUGGGAAGAUGCAGAACACCUGCAGAAAACAGGCCACAGUGUAUGGAGAUGGUGCUUGGUUACUGUCAGGAUGUGCCCUACAGCCACACCAUGUUCCCCAACAUCGUGGGCCAUCGAUCACGGCAGGAUUUAGAGAUGGGUGCAGAGUACCUGCUCUUGAGCGUGAUCCACGGCCUGCUGAAUGGAGAGUGUUCUCCAGACAUCCGUCUGUUGGGCUGCUCAGUGUUGGCUCCCCGUUGUCGAGAUAACAAGUUAAUGAAGCCGUGCCGCAGCUCGUGUGAAAUGGUGAAAAAGAGCUGUAUUCAUGCCUUUGAGGCCAUCCAAAUGGCAUGGCCUUACUUUCUGGACUGUGACCGAUUCUUUGUUGGCGAAGAGGAGGGCUGUUAUGACCCAUUGUCAGAGUUAAGAGAAAAGCAGGAAGUGGCCUUUGCCAACAUAUCUGAUAGUGGUUUUUUCACUAUCAUUCAGUUCACUUACCACACCAACUCUCAGAUGUUCAGCAUCCUGAAGAAGACGGCAUCAAAAUGCUCUGACAUCUCACAAACAUACAGCAUUGGGCGCAGUGUGGAAGGAAAAGACUUACUGGCUAUUGAAUUCUCCAGUAAUCCUGGACAACAUGACCUAUUGGAGCCAGAGAUCAAAUUAAUUGGGAACAUGCAUGGAAACGAGGUUCUCGGCCGGCAGCUGCUGAUUUACCUGGCUCAGUAUCUGUGUUCUGAGUAUCUGCUGGGCAAUGAGCGGAUUCAGACCAUCAUCAACACCACACGCAUCCAUAUCCUACCCUCCAUGAAUCCUGACGGCUAUGAGAUUGCCGCUUCUGAGGUAGCCGAUAGGAACGACCCCGAAAACAUCAACCAGGAAGGUCAUGAGUACAACGGGUGGACAAGCGGUCGGGCCAACGCACAGAAUCUCGAUCUGAACCGCAACUUCCCUGACCUCACCUCCAUCUUCUACAAUCGCCGUCGCUUCAGACAUUUCCGUAGCCACCACAUCCCAGUCCCUGAGUCCUACUGGUUAAAUAAGGUGGUUGCACCAGAGACCUAUGCUGUAAUGAAGUGGAUAAGAUCCUAUCCUUUCGUUAUAUCUGCCAGUCUUCAUGGUGGAGAACUGGUCAUCUCAUACCCUUUUGACUUCUCUAGACACCCUCAGGAAGAAAGGAUGUUCUCCCCCACACCAGAUGAACAAAUUUUUAGGCAGUUGGCUAGGACAUAUGCAGAUGCCCAUGCCACUAUGUCCAACAAUGACACAGAGAGAUGUGGAGCCUCAUUUGCCAAUAAAGGAGGGAUAACAAAUGGAGCACAGUGGUAUAGCUUUGCUGGAGGUAUGUCAGACUUUAACUACCUGCACAGUAACUGUUAUGAGAUCACUGUGGAGUUGGGCUGUGAUAAAUUCCCCUCUGAAGAGGAGCUCUAUCCUGAGUGGCUCAGGAAUAAGGAGGCGCUGCUCAGCUUUAUGGAGUUUGUCCACAGAGGUAUAAGGGGCAUUGUGAAGGAUGAACAUGGGAAUGGCAUAAAAGGAGCUACGAUAUCUGUUAGAGGGAUGCGACAUGACAUCACUACCGCUGUGGAUGGUGAUUACUGGAGACUGUUGAACCCAGGUGUCCACAUUGUGACUGCUGCUGCCUCCGGCUACUCUAAAGUAUCUAAGCGCAUUCAUCUGCCAAGGAACGUACAGGUGGGCCGGGUGGACUUUGUGCUAAAGAAGGUCCUACGAGAACCCUCUCUUGACUACUUUAACAUCCCUGAGCUGGACAACUAUGACCGUUUUGACCCAUUUAAUCAGUUUGAGCAGUCCAGCCCGAGGGUGCGGGGAGAGGAUGGGGAGGAGAGGACUGAGAAGCCCUGGUGGUGGGCUUAUUUCAGCCAGUUAGGCGUUUCUGCACCUACCUGGCUCCUGCGGAACUACUAGGGACCCUCCGGACAUCAUUGGAGAGCAACCUGAUACCUAACUGUUUGCACCCAUGCCUUACUUGAUGAUGGUCAUUGUGUUGAUAACAUUAUCUCCUUAUUACAUGCAAAAUGUGCAGCUAACCACUGGGUAUGGUAAAGGCUUUACUGCUAUUGCAUUUUAUAGACUACCAUCAAACAUUUGGAAUAAGUACUUUUUUUUUUUAAAGAAGUCUCUUAUGUUCACCAAGGCUGCAUUUAUUUGAACAAAAAUAUGAAAAUCUGGAAUCUGAGGGUGCAAAAGUUGUCCAAAUGAAGUUCUUAUCAAUGCAUA